AUGCAGGACUCCCAAGUUGUGUGCACCAAUGGAAAUGGCGAAGACGUCUUGGUCGAAGCGACCGUAACGGCAGAGCCUCCCGCCCAGUACACCGGCUGUCACUCACAUGGCGAAGAGCAGUUCUGUAUCGGAUCGGAUGGCGACGAGGUCCUAGUCCUACUGGCUGACAAGCAUUUGGGCGAACAUCAGGACCAUGAUGAUACUGAAGUGACUGGGAGCGAAGGAGAAGACUGCCACUUCCAUGCUGGCGUCGAGCAUUGCGUUGGCCCGGGCGAGUCGGAGUCAUCUACAGAAUCCCACCAGUCGUGCAAUGUACGCACGCGAGAUUAUGACAUCCCUCUCAGAGUGGGAACGCUCUUCGCUAUCCUGGCCACCAGCUCGAUUGGUGUCUUUGGUCCCAUCUUUCUCAAUCACCUCCCAUUUGGAGCGGUAAGAGGGAUUGCACUAUCGAUCAUGAAGCAAUUCGGCACAGGCGUUAUUGUUUCAACAGCCCUGGUGCAUCUUUACACUCAUGCUUCGCUGAUGUUUGCGAACGAAUGCCUCGGGCGACUGAGCUACGAAGCUACGACUUCAGCGGUGGUGAUGGCUGGCAUUUUCCUCGCGUUUCUCGUGGAAUACGUCAGUCACCGUAUUUUACUGUCCCGCGCUCAGAAUUCCAAUGGAACAGCAGCAAGUCAAGCCCCGAGCAGGCAAUGUCCCUCUCCAGACAAGACGGUGCCCCAGCCGGCCUUGGCGACAUAUGCUGAUCACCAUCUCCCACCGUCUGGUCUCAGUCCGAACACAUACCUCAGCGUCCUGGUCAUGGAAGCCGGCAUUCUCUUUCAUUCCAUUCUGAUCGGACUUACCCUCGUCGUCGCAGCGGACUCGUACUACAUCACGCUGUUCAUCGUCAUUGUCUUUCACCAGUUCUUCGAAGGAGUUGCACUAGGUUCACGUAUUGCGGUGUUGUCUGGCUCCCGACGUACUAUGAUACACAAACUCUUGAUGGCCGCUGCGUUUGUAUUGAUCACACCACUGGGAAUGGCGAUCGGGCUGGGUGUGCUCAAUCAUUUCAACGGCAACGAUCCUUCGACCAUUGUGGCAAUAGGCACAUUGGACGCAUUGAGCGCGGGGAUAUUGUUGUGGGUUGGCGUGGUCGAUAUGUGGGCGAGAGACUGGGUGGUCGUGGGCGGCGAGCUGGUUGAUGCAGCGUUCGGUAAAGUCCUCUGUGCUGGUCUGUCGCUGGUGUCCGGGAUGGUGUUGAUGGGUGUUUUGGGCAAGUGGGCGUGA